AUGGAAUUGACCAAACUGUCAGAUAUGACAAAGCUCCACCAAGCUGUGGCUGCAGGAGACAGCAAUUCAGUGAAGAAGAUUUUGAAGAAAGGCCUCUGUGACCCAAACUAUAAGGACAUAGACUGGAAUGACAGGACUCCACUUCACUGGGCUGCAAUGAAAGGGCAUUUAGAGGUGUUGCAAAUGCUGAUUGAAUAUGGAGCCAGGCCCUGCCUAGUAACUGAUGUGGGCUGGACCCCAGCUCAUUUUGCAGCAGAAUCAGGUCAUCUGAAUGUGCUCAAAAUCCUCCAUGCAUUGCAUGCUGCUAUUGAUGCCCCUGACUUUUUUGGAGACACCCCAAAGAGGAUUGCACAGAUCUAUGGACAGAAAAACUGCGUGUCCUUCCUGGAGAAGGCAGAGCAGGAGUGCCUGGUCUACCGCCUCACUGCCAGCCAGAAGGGGCUGCUGCUGGAUGAGCGGGACGAAGACUGGGAUGCCAAGAAAAGAGAGCUGGAGCUGUCUCUUCCUUCCGCAAGUGAAAACAAGAAGAAGAAGAGUAAGAAAAGUCAACGUCCCCUCAGGGUCAACAAAACCAAGGCGAAGGAGGCAUGA